UUUGUUAGCAUUUUUGUUUAUGAUUGUGUGUGUGUGUGUGUGUGUUUAGGAAAGCUUUUAUCACACAAAGAUGGAUAGAUAGACAAAUAAACACACUACAUAAUUUCAUAGAAAACUUAAAUGUUUUAAAAAAUUAGAUGCAUUUGGGAUUAAUUAUUGUUUAUACUUACAGUAUAUGUAUGUAUAAACAUACAUAUGUAUACAUCUGCAUAAUAAUGUUCUAAAAUGAUAAGCACUUGUCCCAUACCUUUUGUAAAGUAAUAUACUUAUUUAAGAUGACAUCUUUAAGUUAAAUUGCAUCCAUACUAGGAUCUGCCUCAGUUCUAUAAUAUACUUAUCAGUCAAAUGUUUUAUACCUGCUCAGUAUACACUAGUAGUAAGCAAGGGAAAUUUAUUAUCUAUUUUAUAUUUGGUAGGAUAUGUUUUCUCUACUCCCUCAUUUUUCUUUUCCACACCUUGUUUACUAUCAAAAUUACUCAUCUAGAUAAAAUUUAUAAUAAGCUUAUUAAAUUCCCUUAUAAAAGUCCUCUGUGAGCUUGGUUGGAAUUUCAGGGAAUUUAUGGAUUAAUUCAGAGGUAAUGAAUAACUUUAUAAGACUAUAUUGUUCUAGUCAUAAAAUCAGUGUCUAUUCAUUAAUUCAGGCAUCAUGUUUCAAAGUUGCCUUCUAAUAGGUCUUGAAUGCUUCCUAAGUGGACGUUUUGUUAAGUUUAGCGAUUGUGAAGGAAUUUUUUUACUAAAAUUUCAGCUUGGUUACUUUUGGUAUUUAACAUGAGAAUGUUCAAUUACUCAUCUUGUACCAGACCUCAUUUCUUUGCAGUUAUCACAGGAUUGAAUUGGCUCUUUUUGAUUUUUUUUUAAAGAUACGCAGUCAAAUUAUCUGCAAAUAAUCUUUAUCACUUUUCUCAACAUUUGUUCCUUUAAUUCCUUCUAUUGUCAUUUGGGAAAGACCUCCCAAAAAUGUUUUAAAAUAUCUGUUAAAAUAUGCCUGACUGUUAUUUUUGUGCCUACAGAUAGCUCUGCCAUGGUGGUUUAGUUCUAAACUCUUAAAAUGGAGAAGGUCUGUGGGUUUGUCUUCUAAGCGGUGGAUGUGGGGAAUAAGUGAAGAGAAUUGGGCAAAAGUUGAAUCUCUACAAUGAGCUUUUGACUAGAAAAAAGAUUUUCAGGAUUCAGAAAGAGUGGGGAAGGCUUAGGGGAACUGAUUUGAAAAUUUCUCUGCGGGUUGUUUCAUCGUCUGUGUACUGGGGGCAAUAACAACUAUCUCAUAUGGGCUUAAAAAGAGGAUUUAAAACAAAAAGUGAACGUAAAGAAGCUAUUAAUAAUUACUGGCACCAGAGGAGUGCCCAACACAUGAUAGUUAGUAUUAUUUUGGCCAAAGGACGUUGGUGAAGAGAGGUAAAAGAGUGUGGUGGACAGAUUAGGGCACAUUUAAAGGAUGCUCCUGAGUGCAGAAUGACCAAUGAGGCAGCUAAUUUCACUGAUGUUCUCCAGCACCUUCUUCAGAUUGAAGAAAAAUGACAGAAAAAUUUAUUUAAGGGCCAGGAUCACAGACUACUACAUUGUCCCUUAGUUCCCCUUCCUUGUUCAGAGUGCUUUUUUUUUUUUAUUAUUUUGUAAAUAGAAUAAUGAAAAAAAUCAGCCUUCAUAAAUGUUAUCAGACAGUUUGCAGCGUAAAAAUCUAACUUAAAAAUCUAAGUGGCGUCCAUUUGUUUGCUUCCCAAAUCUACAUAAAUGGAAGGCUGCACUGUGAGCUCUGCUCCAGUCUUUUCAGGACUAUGCACAGUCCAGUCAAGGUUUGGUCAUACAGCAGAUUCAGGACAGCACCGCCCCUUUGGUGCUACCAAAAGAUUCAAGGAGAGGGAAAAUCAGAACUCGCUUUCAAUUUUCAGAACUACUGAGCAAAGAGAGAGCUCUGUCUUCUGAUAGGUGAAAGCUGUUAGGAGAUAGAAAUCAAUAGCCCAGUUUUAUUAAUAACACCUAAGUUAUUUUUUUAUAACUGACCAAUAUGUGUUUCUUUUCUUGGUGCUGACAUAUAAACAGCAGUAAAUAUUCAUGGGAGAAGAAAACCAAACCUCUGUGACUGAGUUUGUCUUCCUGGGCCUUUCGCAAGAUCCCCAGAUACAAGUCUUGCUCUUCUUCCUUUUUCUGAUCCUCUACGUGCUGACUGUGUUGGGAAAUCUGCUUAUUAUUGUGCUCACUCACAUAGACUCCAGGCUCCACACACCCAUGUACUUUUUUCUCAGAAACUUAUCCUUUGCUGAUCUCUGUUUUUCCACUACCACAGUCCCCCAGGUGCUGGUCCACUUUCUGGCAAAGAGGAAAACCAUUUCCUUUGCUGGAUGCUCAAUACAGCUAGUUGUUUUACUUCUAGUUGGGGGUACAGAGGGUGCACUGCUGGCAGUGAUGUCCUAUGACAGGUAUGUGGCUGUCUGCAAGCCCCUGCACUACUCCACUAUCAUGACACAUUGGGUAUGUGUCCAGCUGGCCAUCGGGUCUUGGGCCAUUGGAGCACUUGGGUCUCUGGUGGACACCAUAUUCACACUGCAUCUGCCGUACCGAGGGAACAAUGUUAUUAACCAUUUUUUUUGUGAACCUCCUGCCCUCCUGAAGCUGGCUUCAGCAGAUACCUACAGCACAGAAAUGGCCAUCUUUGUAAUGGGUGUGCUCAUCCUGCUCACUCCUGUCUCCCUGAUCCUUGUCUCCUACUGGAAUAUUAUCUCCACUGUGAUCCAGAUGCAGUCUGGCGAGAGUAGACUCAAGGUCUUCUCCACCUGUGGCUCCCAUCUCAUUGUCGUUGUCCUCUUCUAUGGGUCAGGAAUAUUUGCCUACAUGAGGCCAUACUCCAAGAUAAUGAAUGAAAGGGAUAAAAUGAUCUCUGUGUUCUACUCAGCAGUGACACCCAUGCUGAACCCCAUCAUUUAUAGUCUGAGGAACAAGGAUGUCAAAUGUGCUCUCAGGCGAGUGACUACAAAAUCUUUUUGAAAGUGGGGAUCUAUGGUUAUGAGGACAAUUUCAGAGAUGUGGAAAGAAGUGAUUUUCUUGUAAACUUUUCCCAUUUUCAUCCCAUUCCUCCACUUUUUUUUUCUUCUCCUAUCUUUUCUCAGAUAAAUUCAUCAAAUUGCCUAUUCAAAGCAAGAUACCUUGUUAGACACAGGAAAGAAAUAUAGAAAGAAAAGGAAAGGGAUAAAAAGAAAGGAAGGGAGGGAG